CUCAUGUCAUCUUAUCUCAGCUCUGAUCUUGAUGAUGAAUACAUAAUGUCUUGAAUCUACGCAAGAGCUUACAUCAUUCACUCUUUUCCCCUAAUAAUUCAUUCACUCACUAUAAAAUCUCUCUUCAUCAAAUUAAAUUUUCACAUACAAGUUCCACAUUAAUUAUAUACACAAUGGAGAAGAAAAAUCCAUGCAUUGUUAUGGUUCCUUCCCCAGGACUUAGCCAUUUGAUUCCACUGGUUGAGUUCUCAAAGAGAUUACUAUCAUUUCAAAGAGAAAAUUUGCAUGUGAAGUUCAUAGUUCCAACACUUGGUGCUCCUUCUUCUUCCAUGAAAUCCAUCCUCAACAACUCUCUUCCACCAAACUCAUCAUUCAUCAUUCUCCCCCAAAUCAACAUUGAAGACCUCACUGAGAAAUCUGAUCCUGCAACUCAGAUGAAAGAAACAGUGAAACACUCUCUUCCGUUCAUCCAUCAAGAACUCACCUCACUCAGUUUCACCAAUCACCUUGUUGCUAUCUUGUUCAGUCUGUUCUCAACUGAUGUUAUUGAUCUUGCAAGUGAAUUCAACCUCUUAACUUAUCUCUUCUAUGCAAGUGGAGCAACACUCUUUUCAUUCUGUUUUCAUUUUCCACAACUUGAUCAGGAAGCUGAUGAUUCCUCUAAGAACUCCUUGUUGGAGUUAACAGAUCCUGUUCAUGUUCCUGGUUGUUCUGUUCCAUUUCAGGUCAAGGAUCUUCCUGAUCCAGUUCUUUUUGAAAGAUCAAGUGAAGUCUACAAAUCAUUUCUUGCUGUGGUAAAGAAGUACUCAUUGGUUGAUGGUGUCAUAAUGAACACCUUCACAGAUUUGGAACCAGAUGCAGUAAGAGCUCUACAACAAGAACAAAAUAAUAAUGGAGAAAAGAAUGUUCCUUUUGUUUACCCAAUUGGACCAAUCAUUCAAAGUGAGACAAGUAAUGAGGUAAACAAGUUAGAGUGUUUAACAUGGUUGGAUAAUCAGCCACCAAGAUCAGUGUUGUUUAUCUCUUUUGGAAGUGGUGGAACACUUUCUCAAGAGCAACUCAAUGAGAUUGCGUUUGGAUUGGAACUGAGUGGACACAAGUUCUUGUGGGUUGUGAGAGCUCCUAGCAACUUUGGUGGUUCUGCAUAUCUUAGUCAACAAAAGGAAGAUCCAUUACACUAUUUACCAUCCGGUUUUGUGGAGAGAACCAAAGGACAAGGCUUGGUGAUUCCAUCAUGGGCCCCACAAAUUGAGAUUCUUGGUCAUGGUUCCAUUGGUGCUUUCUUGAGCCAUUGUGGUUGGAACUCAACUCUAGAGAGUGUGUCACAUGGUGUGCCUGUGAUUGCAUGGCCACUGUUUGCAGAGCAGAGAAUGAAUGCAGUGUUGCUCAAAGAUGUGUUUAAAGUGGCAGUGAGGCCAGAGGCUAAUGAAGAUGGGAUAGUCAAAAGAGAAGAAGUGGCCAGAGUUGUGAAGGGGAUCAUGAAGGAGAAUGAAGAAGGGUUGGAAAUGAGAAAGAGAAUCAAAGAGUUGAGUGAUGCUGCUGCUGCUGCACUUAGUGAAAAUGGUUCCUCUAUGAAGACACUGUCUAGUCUUGCACUGAAAUGGCAAAGCAUUUGAGUAACAUGUUAGUAUCAACAACAAUAACAUAUCAUGAAUAUUUGACUAUGUUUUUUGUGUUGACUGUCUCUAAUACAAUCCUUUUCUUUUAUCCGGACUUAGAACCGGCUAUGUUAGCAUCACGUGAAGAUAUUUUCGUAGAUAUUUUUUAGUUACUUUUCUCCGUGUGAACAAUAAUGAUGCAUGUAGCUGUCAUGCAAACCAUCCACUUCUUGAAUAGGUAGUGGGAUAAU